AUGGCUGAAUCAUCACCGCAGAGCACUUUUCUUGCUAAAAGAGGAGCAUCUAUUGAUAUAGACGGUGUCUUCAACGUCCGAAGUUUCGGCGGUUAUCCCAGCAGUCUCAGGCCCAACUGCUUCACCCGGGAUAGCUUCAUCUACCGAUCCGGCCACCUGAAAGACAUCACCUCACGAGGAACUAUACAAAUCCGCGAUCUGGGCAUCUCGAUGGUGAUUGACCUCACCAACUCGGGUGAAACGAAGGCGCUCUUUACGGGCACGUCGAGCCUCAGCCAAUGCAGGGUGCUGAACCUUCCUCUAGUGAAGCAUGGAUUCACAGUCCAGCAACUCGCGGACAAGUAUAAGAGGUAUCUUGAGGAGGGGGAGAAAGCUAUUGCAGAGGGCUACCUCAAGCUCCUCAUUGAAGGACACCAAGUCGUCCGGGACAUUCUCUUUUUGAUUCGCGACAACCCUGACGAUGUAUUUCUUGUUCAUUGUGCGAUGGGUAAAGACCGAACAGGAGUCGUAUUCGCGGUCCUUCUCUCCUUAGCCGGGGUCUCAGAUGAUGCCAUAGCAGACGAGUAUAGUCGAAGCGAGCUAGCACUGGAAGCAGCGUUGCCUAAGAUUGCAGCCGCGAUCAAGAAGGCUAUCCCGACGGUUACUGACGUGGAGGCGCUGAAGAGAGCGAGGGUUGUUAUUCAGACAAGGAAGGAGGCGAUGCUGCUUAUGCUGCAGUUGAUGGUGGAACGGUUUGGUGGGAUGGUGCAGUACCUGAAGAACUGCUGUGGUGUUAGUGAAGAGGAUAUUGAGCUCAUCCAGGCUUUAUUGACUUUUACAGCCAAGGACACCGAUUGA